GAAUUUGAUUGCACAUUGCGUGAUCUGAAAAACCGAGAAAAUUCCAUAUAAAAACCAAACCUGAGAAUAUGAAUUCUUUUCUUCAUCAUCUCCUACAUUUUUCAUCUUCUUCUUGAUCACAUCACAUAAAUUUCAGAAUUCAAAUUCUAAUAUACACAAAACAUGGGGUUAGUGAGUACCAUAUUAGGAAUUAGUGGAUUUGGAGUCGGAAUUUCCACCGGACUUGUCAUCGGUUAUUUCCUCUUCAUUUAUUUUCAGCCCUCCGAUGUUAAGGAUCCUGUGAUUCGUCCGUUGGUUGAGGAAGACUCUGAAACUUUGCAACGGAUGCUUCCAGAGAUACCCUUAUGGGUCAAGAAUCCAGAUUAUGAUCGCAUUGAUUGGAUAAAUAAGCUUAUUGAGUAUAUGUGGCCUUACCUCGACAAGGCCAUUUGUAAGACUGCCAAGAAUAUUGCAACUCCCAUAAUCGCUGAGCAGAUUCCCAAAUAUAAGAUUGAGUCGGUUGAAUUUGAAGAACUUACGUUAGGGACCCUACCACCAAGUUUCUCCGGAAUGAAAGUUUAUGUUACCGAUGAGAAAGAGCUGAUCAUGGAACCCAGCUUGAAAUGGGCUGGAAAUCCUAAUGUUACUGUUGCUGUUAAAGCAUAUGGGAUGAAAGCAACUGUUCAGGUGGUGGAUCUGCAAGUUUUUGCCCUACCGCGAAUAACACUGAAGCCAUUGGUUCCGAGUUUUCCUUGUUUUGCUACAAUCUAUGUUUCUCUCAUGGAGAAGCCACAUGUUGACUUUGGACUAAAGCUAUUAGGAGCUGAUCUUAUGUCAAUACCUGGCCUAUACAGGCUUGUCCAGGAGAUAAUCAAAGAUCAGGUGGCCAAUAUGUAUCUAUGGCCUAAAACUCUUGAAGUACCAGUCAUGGAUCCUACAAAAGCCUUUAGGAGGCCUGUGGGAAUUCUAAACUUGAAAGUUUUAAGGGCAAUAAAGCUAAAGAAGAAGGAUCUGCUGGGUGCAUCAGAUCCUUAUGUGAAAAUAAAGUUGACUGAGGAUAAGCUACCAUCUAAGAAGACGACAGUAAAACACAAAAACUUAAAUCCAGAAUGGAAUGAGGAAUUUAAUUUGGUUGUUAAAGAUCCGGAGACCCAGGCUAUAGAGUUUCAUGUGUAUGAUUGGGAACAGGUUGGCAAGCAUGAUAAGAUGGGUAUGAACGUAGUUCCUUUAAAAGAACUUACUCCGGAGGAGCCAAAAAUUAUGACCCUUGACCUUCUUAAAAGUAUGGACUUAAAUGAUCCUCAAAAUGAAAAAUUACGCGGGCAGUUGGAGGUAGAACUUACAUACAAACCUUUUAAAGAGGAGGAUAUGCCCAAAGCUUUUGAAGAGUCGAAUACAGUGCAGAAGGCUCCUGAAGGAACCCCUGCUAGUGGAGGUUUGCUUGCAGUGAUUAUUCAUGAGGCGCAGGAUGUUGAAGGAAAGCAUCAUACUAAUCCUUAUGUACGGCUUAUUUUUAGAGGGGAGGAGAGGAAGACUAAGACGAUCAAGAAGAACAGAGAUCCAAGAUGGGAAGAAGAGUUUCAGUUUACAUUGGAUGAGCCUCCUGUUAAUGAUAGGCUGCAUGUGGAAGUUGUCAGCACCUCAGCAAGGAACUUGCUGCACACAAAGGAAUCUCUGGGUUAUGUGGACAUUAGUCUUGGAGAUGUUGUGAGUAAUAAGAGACUCAAUGAGAAAUACCAUCUUAUAGACUCGAAGAAUGGUCGAAUUCAAAUUGAGUUGCAGUGGAGAACAGCUUCGUGAGCUUUAUUCAUUAUUCUGUUCUUUCAUAUUUGCUUCUUUUAUUUGGGGAUUUUGGUCUGUAGGUGAAGAAUACGUCCUGCGUCUUUGUUCCGAAACUUCACCUAUUUGUUUUGUUGCUUCUGUAAAUGGUUACCGUAAAAUAAAACGAAUCACACGAAAAUAAUUUAUAACUUUUUUGGUAUU